CCGUGGCGCCUGGGUCGGCGGUGGCUGUUCUCCGUUUGUCUUCCCCUUUAACCUUUUCUGAGGUGAGGAGGGGGGAGGUGGGCUCGCGCCCUCUUUGGCGGCCCGUGAUUGGCUGAAUUCGGAAACCCCGAGUAAGGGAGGGGCUGAGAGAUCAGCUUCCCUCUUGUACAAGAAUCCUAAAGUCCUCUUAAAAUGCUCAUCAGGCAUAAAAUAAAGCGGCUAUUGUAUAUGGUGCCUGGAAAGCAGCGCUUUGGUGUUUAUAGAUUUCUCCCUUUCUUCUUUGUCCUUGGAGGUGCUAUGGAAUGGUUUAUGAUCAAUGUUCGUAUUGGCACAGAGACUUUUUAUGAUGUUUACCGCAGAAAGAAGUCGGAGAGACAGCAUGAAAGUUUGGAAGAAAGAUGAACUUCACCCUUUAUGGCUAUAUGAUAUGAACUUUGGAGUGCUAAAUCCUACAAGACUUCCAUUGAGUUAAAUGUAUUAUUAUUAAUAAUAAAUAAUAAUAAAAUUUUAUUUGUAUUCUGCCUCUCCCAGAGGAUAAAUCCCACAAAUUGUUCUCCAGGCUGACUAUAUCUCAUCCUGUGGAAUGCAUUUUUGCAACUAGGCCUGGCAACAGAAAGUGAUACUGCUCUCUCUGGUUUGACUAGAAUUACUUAGGAGAUAAAGAUGAUGACAACUGGUUACUUACAAGGUACUUUAGAAACAGUAACUGUUAACCGAGACAUUUACUUCUUGGUUUAUUUAUUCAUCACUUUGUAAAAAUAAGCUGUUUAUGCAACCACCACUUACUAUAUUGUUUCUAUAAUUAAAGAGAACACUUUUGUCAUGA